UCUGUUAGUAUUAAACAAGUGUGGAGCUAUAAGCUGUGAAGUGUGCCUGUCAUACGACUUACCUUUUUAAACACUGAACUCUAAUCUACAUAUGAGUAAAAAGAGAACUAAUCAAGCACAUUCUGGAAUUGCACUGCAGAUCAAACUGUGGAGGACUUUUCUCACAUUUUGGCACAUUCAAAUACUAAAGAAAGACCUUACUUGACGGAAUAACUCGUUUUGCAUAGAAAAUAUGGCAAAGAUAUUAUUACAUCUGGUGCAUUUGUUAUUAUUUUGUAAUUCCGGUAUCCGGGAAGUUUUAUCAGUGGAGCCAUCCGACAUCACGCAGCAGGACAGCGAUAUCGAACGGUCUACGGAUCACACUUUCAAGCGCAAGAGCGCACCGCGGGACAUGGUCUCAAUCAAUAUGUUCAAACUCUAUGAAAAGUACAGUAAGGAGCCCCACCGCCAUCGAGACGGAAAUACCGUUAAAAGUUUUAAGGCUAUUCCAGGUGAGUGUUCUACAUGUUUAUAUUUUAAUGCAUGAUACUAUAAUAUCAGACCUAAUAUGAACGUGGUGGGCUGCUGACAGCUGUAGGCAGGCUACUUUGAAAUCAGCAGCUAGAGUAGCCUUGGAACCAUACAAAGUGACAUAAACAUCAUUUUGCAAGAGAAAAAAGUUAUUAAUAAUUAAGCUGAGCUAUUGCAUGUGUUUUAUAUAAGCACCCCCAUGCCCUGUCACAGUUUUGGUAUAGGCUCACUGUGAUCAGAGAGUAUAGGCUACUGUUAAUAUUCAUGAGAUGUUAGACAAGAGCCUAUUAUGACACUCACUCAGACACUAUUAAAGGCACAUGGAAAACUCUCUUCGGUGCUCUCCUAAGCAUUUCCAUAUGGCUGAGACCUAUUCAGGGGCUAUGUUUAUCUUUCAAACAGUAGUGGGAGUCAAGGGAUGACGUUAGGAAGAUCGUUUAUUGUAAUCAAAAUAUUUUGUAUUGCAAUCAGUGUUAUCAUGCCAUAAUGAUUGCUCUGUAGCCUAUUGUAUGUGAUGAUAUUUCACCCACAGCUAAUCAUUCAUGGCUUUUAUGACAUUGUGGUUGCAGAAAAGCUGUUGAAAGUAGGCUACAUGUUGAAAAAUAAAGUGUAAAAUAACAAAUGCUGUCGACAUGAUCAUGUCUUUCUAUUGUCAUGUCUUUCUUUUCUUUGCAGGAGUCUCCACAAGCAAUGUGUGGUUCCAUUUCAACCUGUCAACCAUCCAGGAGUCGGAGGUCAUCCUGUCCGCCACAUUCCACUUCCUCGACCAGCGUCCCCGCCACCGGCCCUGGAUCUGCCGGCGCUCCCAAAAUGCUUCCUGUCGCAUCCAGCACCUCCAGCAGCUUUCCCCAUCCCAGCUCCUCUUCCGAGGAACGUCCCCGAACUCUGUCUUUGCCUCCCCGCUGGGCAACGUCACCCUGCCCCCUCCCAGGAGAGGGUCCUGGCAGACAAGGGAAGUCUCUGCUAUAGUCAAAGAGGCCCACGUCCUGGGAGAGCUCCUCAUCUCUGCAGAGUUUGACUUUGGGGUUAGGGUCCAGAGGAACCAGGAGCGCCUCUCUCCAGCCAGCCUACCAUAUGUCCUGGUGUACGCCAACGACAUGUCCAUAUCUGAGCCCAACAGCGUGGCCAUGACCUUGCAGAGGUAUGGGCCUUUCCCUUCAGGCGAGGAGCCCACCCGGUCACCCAAUGCAUCUCCUCCAGCCUCCAGGCUGAAAAGAGAAGCAGUGUCCCCCCUGGAUCAAAUACAGAACAAUGACCUGCCUGAAGUCCAGUUUCACACCCUGAAGAACCAUGAACUAUGGGAGAGCACUUAUUUUGCUCCCAAGAUUAAGCCCUCAAGGAAAGAUGGGCGAAAGCAGGGCCAGGACAGCAGUGAGGGGUUGAAUAAGCCCCAGGUGCUGAGCUUUGAUGAGAGGACCAUGAAAAAGGCUCGCAGGAGACAGUGGAGUGAGCCCAGGGUCUGCGCCCGACGUUACCUGAGAGUGGACUUUGCAGACAUCGGCUGGAGCGAGUGGGUGUUAGCCCCGAAAGCAUUUGAUUCCUACUACUGUGCAGGAACCUGCGGAUUUCCUAUUCCUAAGGUAAGUAAGUGUAGUGUUUUACUUCAGUGUGUCGUGUAGUAUUUAUUUAGUCAAUAAAAUGUUCCAUUGUCUUGAAAAUAUGCUUGAAAUUGCUUUAAUUCAUCAGAUGAUACUGCAUACAGUGUAUGCUGGUAUAAUACAUGCCUGACAAAUGUGAUGUCAUCCUCAUACUUCCUUGUGAAAGAGAAUCCCUCUUAACUCCAGCUUCUUUCCGUCUCUGGCUCCCAGGUUGUCCGGCCCUCUAACCAUGCCACCAUCCAGAGCAUUGUGAGGGCGGUGGGAAUCGUUCCCGGCAUUCCGGAGCCCUGCUGUGUUCCGGACAGGAUGAGCUCUCUGAUUGUUCUCUUCCUGGACCCCAGCGGGAACAUGGUGCUGAAGGUUUACCCCAACAUGUCUGUGGAGACCUGCGCCUGCCGGUAGAACCACUCGGAAAGAGCCUCAAUGCAUAAUGCAUAAGACAGAGUACAAUGAAUCAGACAGAGUGGAGCAGGAGAGACAUUCAGUCAAUACAGUAAAAAAGAAAGACAUCUUUGGAUGAGACUACAAUGGAUGAACUCACCAUGGAAGGAGAUAUGGAUUAUAGAUAAGGGUUUCGGGUGGUGAGAUGCAGAGAACGCUAUGUCUGACACUCAGAUGAGUGUGAUUCACACAUACGUUUCUUUGUCAUUCAGCAGCUCAGCUGUAGGUGAAUUGGGGACUGUAUAACUAACUGUCAGUUCCAAGCCUUCAACCAUCCAGAGCUGGCUCUUGAUCUACACCCAAACUCCAGAGUAACUCAAAUACUGGACCCUAUUGCCAUGUACUGCACUUAGACUAUUGGACUCAAGUGGG